GUGGAAUGUAUGGGAGCUACGAGCUAAGUGAGUCUCCCCACCUUGGAACUUCAGGUCGUCUGGAGACGCCAUGGCCAGACCGGACAAACGUUUUCCUUACGCUGGCACUGUAUGACAAAAACAAAACAAAAAACACAAGGCGCAUGGUGCCGCAGUUUGCUCGCUGACUACAAGGAGGCGUGCCGUGAAGUUGUCGUGGGCUCCUGGGAGCGGCCAUUUAAAGCCUCUGUCUACCUCUCGCUCCUGGGCGGAGCCUGGGCCUGCUACCUCACCAACCCGGACGACGCCUCCUUCGAGACCUCCCUCCUGGAGUCGGCCAAUCGGCUGGGGCUGCUGUCGCCGUGGAUACGCAGCGGGACGUCGGACGGGCACGUGCAGGGCCUGGUGCGUCUGCGCAACGAGGGGCGGCUGCGCUACGCCAGCCUGGGCGUGGCCUCGCUGACCUACCGGGCGGACUACGACCCCACAGCCAGCCUGUACGAGGCGCGCUGCUCCUUCCUGUCCGUGCCCUGGGCGGAGCUGUGGGACCGCGUGCUGGACGUGGGCUUCGCCGGCCGCUGGUGGCUCCUGGACGCCCGGAUGAAGGACCACGACGUCAACGAAGAGCAGUUCAGGCACCUGCCCCCGGCCAUGGCGGCCACCUCGCCGCCCUCCGCCGCCGAGACGGAGAGGAACGAGAAGCUGCACGCCGACUCCUGGAAGCCGCUGGUUAUGAGCCAGGAGGACGUGGAGCUGGAGGGGGGAGAGCAGGCCGCUGAGGAGAGCCGGACCACGGGACAAGAGGCACAGACAGAUACGCAGACACAGCUGUGAUGACGGAGUGGCCACGGACACGCAAAACGCACAUGUUCACGCUCACACCUUCACUCAGUGCAGGGCUCAGUCUGCGUUUAUCCUUGCCUUUGACUUUGACCAAUAACUACAGGUGUUACUUUGUUCAAUAUGAAAAUAAAGUAGAAUGGAAAAACACAUUGGUUUGUAAGUGUAGUUUAAAUGCAAAUGGUUAUUGCCCCCAGGCCCAGGAUUAGAUCUGAUGACUGACCAUGGGGAAUUCAGUUAUAUGGGAGAGAUGGCUAUUUCUAUUUCUAAAGCAUACUGACACUUUCAUACUGACUGACUUUGAACAGUUUCAGCUGAGAUUGAUUCUGUGGGUCUGGCAUCCACUAGAUCUGACCUCUCACAAUCUUUGUUCUAUGGCUGGAUGGAUUCCAUUUGCUGAACCAAAUUAGAAACUGAUAAAAUGUUUAUAAUUUGGAAAUGUAUACAGUGCCAACUACCUAGUGAAGUAAAUGGCAGCAUGAAGACCCUGAAUUGUUUUAAUGGUCUUGCUGAAUUUCUGAUGGUUUAUAGAGGUGUUCUGACAGUGUGACCAAACCAAGAAAGGUCAAAAGGUCAAACUGACAUUUGUACAAAUUAAACUAAUUGUGUUUAUCAAAUGCCGUGUAUGACCAUGUAAUUAAAAUAUUGGGUGCUAUGUUGAA